AGAUUCCACCAAUCAAUGGAGCCCGUGGGGUUGCGAGAUGCGCCAGGGAAAGGCCAGCGUCCUACAUAAAGAGUGCGGGACAGGGAGCCGGGCGGCACACACACGGGGGGCAACACACCUUUCUACUCGCACGCGACAGAGGCGCACAGCAGCCAGAGGAAGAGUCAGGAGAAGAGUGAGGAAGAGAGGGGAAUACAGGAAGAGAGUCAGGAGAGAAGACAUGGUACGCUCUUUUGAACAAGGGAUCCCUGCAUGGGUCUUUGUGGGCACCCUGCUCCUCAUGAUCCACUCUAUCACAGUUAGAGGAGCUGCCCUGAAGCAGGAGGCAGCUUUGGACACCGGGGCCACGGUGCUGAAUCACUCCAUGAGCUUGGUGCAGCGCAUGGAGACCCUGCUGGCCAUGGGGAAUGGCAGUGAUGUCACUCUCCGGGUGCACACCAUCAGCACGGAUGAGGUGAAGGUAAUCCAGGCCCACAGUCUGGUUCUCACACUGCAGAGUGACGUGUUUGAGGAACUGCUGCUUACUCGUAACAACAGCUAUAUGGUGCUGAGGGAGACGGCCGACUGUGCAGCUGUGUUUGACAAGUUUGUCAGGUAUCUGUACUGCGGUGAUAUCUCAGUACGGCUGGAUCAGGCCAUUUCUCUGCACAAGCUAGCUAGCAAGUACCACGUGUGGGGCUUGCAACAGGGUCUGACCCAGUACAUGACCCAACACCUGUCAAGUGAUUCUCCCACCGGCCAUGUGGUCGGCUGGUACAACUAUGCACUACAAAUUGGUGACGUGGCCCUGCGGGACAGCUGCCUGCAGUACCUGUCCUGGAACCUGUCAUCUGUGCUACAGAGCGGAGAAUGGAGCUCCAUCAGUGAAGACCUGCUUCUCUCUUUGCUCCAGCGCUCUGACCUCAUUCUGCAGAGUGAGCUGGAGCUGUAUGAGGCCCUGGAAGCCUGGAUAAGCCAGAACCAGCCCAUCAGCAAGACGGUGGAAACUGCCUUAAGGGCUAUUCGAUACGGCAUGAUCCCUCCUCAGCACCUCUUCCGUCUUCAGAAGCAAUCCGCCCUCAUGCAGAAGAACUACGAGUCUCUCCGAGAUCUCCUCUAUUUAGCUUUCCAGUUUCACUCUGCCUCACCUAUCCAACUGGCCAAGUAUUUUGAUGUCAAUUGCAGUAUCUUCACCCCCCGUAACUACCUGUCCUCCUCCUGGGGUUCCCCUUGGGUCAUCAACAGCCCCACACGUGAUGACCGCAGCUUCAGCUUCCAGACCCAACUCGGCCCAAGUGGCCAUGACUCCAGCAAGAAGGUGACCUGGAACGCCCUAUUCUCCCCUCGCUGGCUCCCCCUCAGUGCCCGGUCAACCUAUACCGAGCUGGGAGCCAUGCAGCCUACACGCACAGACAGCGGUCGACCUCGCAUCAUUGUAACACCAGCUACUUCAAGUCCAGACUUUGCCGGAGUGAGUUUCCAGAAGACAGUGAUUGUGAUGGCAAGACAGCAAGGUAAGGUGGUGGUUCGUCAUGUCUACAACUUCCACCAAAGCACAGAGGAGGCCGGGGAUUUCCUGUUGGAUGCUGACCUGCAGCGCCGUGCAUCAGAGUACCUGAUUGACAGCUCCCUCUACCUGCACAUCAUAAUAAAACCUCUCUACCAUACCCUCCUUGUUGCAAGGAAGUGAAGGCAGUAUUCUGGCGUGGCCUUACCAUCGGUUAUCCACCCUGCACAAUCGCACAAUUACACGCACACAUAUUCCAAAGUAAGUUCAUAUCACAGAACGUGUUUAUGCAUCAGGUCUGUGACAUCUCCAUUGUUGAGUAGUUUGUGCAUUCUGUUGUCUUCCAACUAUUUAGCAAGGAGGUGAUUGGUACAAAAAAGACUCACAACUCAAGCGCUCAGCAGUGUUAAUCAGUGUAACGAUGGUGGGUUAAUCAGUAUUACUGGCUUACUAAGAAAGAAAAAUAAACUUCAGUGUACUGUAUUUUCUUUUUUUCAGGUAUUUUAUGUCUGGUAGUAUGUUCCUUGAAUGUGUGAAAUAUCUGUCAUGGUUAAUGAUGUUUGCAUAGCUUACAUAGAUUUGUUUUUAGAUCAAAUGUAAUUGUUAUCAAUUUAAUGCAUUUCACAAUUAAGCGGUCAACCUUAGGUUUUGAUAGAUUUUUUUUGUUCAUGGUACUGUAUCCUGUGACACAUAUAUACCUGUUUGUUGUUUACAUACAACAUUGUGUAAAUUGAAGGUCAAUCCCAUCAUCACUGUUCCUUUGUAGUUAACUUGCAAGACAGUAUUGGCUGCAGUUGUAGUCAUUUGGUUUCUUAUUUUCUUAAAUGUCUUUACACAUGUAUCUUAUCUGUCUUUUAAAGACACCAUGCUAGUAUGUGAUUUUCAUCCCGAAUCAAACAAAAAAAUAGCAAUAAAAGAGAAUUACACAAAAUUA